AUGUUUAUUUUAGAUACAACAAAUAGGGGUCCAAACUACACUAAUAAAGAUGUAAGAGACUUGUUUAACAAGAAGUACAGUGAAGCAUGUGGGAAACCUGGUUCUCGUGUGCCAUACCUGAAAAAAGGUUUCACAGUAACUGGUCUUCCUAAUGGAAUAGAGUUUAGAAAGCCAAAUAACUAUGGGGAAGAGAAAGUUAAAGCAAUAAUGAAUGCUCAAGAAGGCAUAGUUUUUCAACUUGAACCAGAGCCUAGCAUCACACAUUCUGAUGCUGCAGUAACUGAAGAAAUCGACCCCCAACAAGCUGAACUUCAACAUAUUUUAUGUAAGGUGGUUGACCAAGAAAAAGCUUUACAAGUGGUGACUGACCAAAUUUGCAUCGAGGAGAGUGAUAUGGAAGUCACAGAUCUUGCACUCACUGACAUGGAGUAUAAUCUGUUAACAACAAAUUACAGAAAUUGCUUCACAGAAGAUGCAUUGACUGCUUUGGCAGCCAAUUAUAAAUCAUUUUCUAAUCAUAAGGGAUACAUCCUGCCUGUCUAUACUGACACAGAAGAUGCUUAUUGGCUGUUUUAUUUUCCUGACAAGAUGUCUGAUCUUCUAAACCAGCAUUCUCAACAACAAAUUUGGGGAUAUUGGUUAAAUGCAACUGAAGACAAGUUGACAUUCAAGCUUAUUAUGUCAAAAAACAAAGUAUCUAUUGACACUUUGAAUAUUAUUACAAAGGAGAAUAAUUCAAGUAGUUUCCUAUUUUUACAAAAAACAUUGUUGCUUAAGACUAAGACAACAGUAAAUCUUCCUGAGCCAUUCCAUGACCAAAUUUAUGCUAUUUUAAACGAGUAUGGCUUCAUAUAGUUAUAUAUUUAUGAUUCCAUAAAUGUAAAUAAGUGUAUCCUGUAGUAUGGUCACCAGAGUUUGCUAUAAUACCUGUCACAUUUCUU